CUCUAGUGAUGUCAUCAGUUGCCUUCAGCAGUGUGUUGACUAGCAGCCGCAGCUAGCUGAGUUAGCUCCACAGCUAGCUUCAGAAUGAACCAUAAGAGUAAGAAGCGGAUUAAAGAGGCGAAGCGGAGCGCCAGACCGGAGCUGAAGGACUCUUUGGACUGGAUCAGACACGACUACCAGGACUCCUUCGACGUGUCGCAUCGCAGCGUGAAGGACAACGUUGAGCGCGUGGACACCCUCCAUCUCAGCCCCGAGGAGUUCAUCCAGCGCUUCGAGCGGCCCUACAAGCCCGUUGUCCUGCAGAACAGCCAGGAGAGCUGGCCCGCCCGGGAAAAAUGGACUCUGGAGCGCCUCAAACGCAAAUACCGCAACCAGAAAUUCAAGUGCGGGGAGGACAACGACGGGUACUCCGUGAAGAUGAAGAUGAAGUACUACAUGGAGUACCUGGAGACCACCAGGGACGACAGCCCGCUCUACAUCUUCGACAGCAGCUACGGUGAACACGCCAAACGCCGGAAGCUGCUGGAGGACUACCAGGUGCCCGUCUUCUUCAGGGACGACCUGUUCCAGUUUGCAGGAGAGAAGCGCAGACCGCCGUACAGGUGGUUCGUAAUGGGCCCGGCUCGCUCCGGCACCGGCAUCCACAUCGACCCGCUGGGCACCAGCGCCUGGAACGCCCUGGUUCAAGGACACAAGAGGUGGUGUCUGUUCCCCACCAACACACCCCGAGAGCUCAUCAAGGUGACCAGAGAGGACGGGGGCAACCAGCAGGACGAGGCUAUCACCUGGUUCAACGUGGUUUACCCCAGAACGCAGCAGCCAAACUGGCCUCCAGAGUUCACACCGCUGGAGAUCCUCCAAAGACCCGGGGAGACCGUUUUUGUGCCUGGCGGGUGGUGGCACGUGGUCCUCAACAUGGACACGACCAUCGCCGUCACUCAGAACUUCGCCAGCACGACCAACUUCCCCAUCGUGUGGCACAAAACUGUCCGAGGGCGACCCAAACUCUCCAGGAAGUGGUACCGGAUCUUGAAGCAGGAGCGGCCCGACCUGGCAGCGCUGGCAGACAAAGUGGACCUUCAGGAGUCGACGGGCAUCGCCUCAGACAGCUCCAGUGAUUCUUCAUCAUCAUCAUCCUCCAGCUCGUCCGACUCCGACUCUGAUGCGGCGUCGGGCUCCGAGGGGGACGCCAUGUCUCACCGCAGGAAGAAGAGACGGACCUGCGGGACGACGGCCAACGGAGACACCAGCAGCCAGGACGACUGCGUCAGCAAGGAGAGGAGCUCGUCACGGUGACCUCCGUCCGUCCGGCCGCCUCCAACCCGGUGACUCCACCGCUCGGCAUUCACAAACAGCUGCUUCCUGUCUAGUUUAGCCACAUGUCUGAAUGCAGCUGGAGAUCCACUGGAGACCGUCACCACUGUGCUUUUAAAUCAAUGUCUGUGUGUGUCUGUGGUGGGAAACAUGAAGAGAGAUUAGAACCAGUAACCAGACUGGUGAGGGAACUGGGCGAGCGUUAGGAGGGCGAUGUUGGGAACUCGUCGUGGGCUUUAGAAGUCUCUGAGCUGCUGGGAUGGGACAGAUGAAGGGAUGGGAUUAUUACUGAGGAUCGUCUUUAGACCUUCAGCCACCAGAGGAGGUGAAGACAGAUGUUGUCUGGUCGCUUCUGGAUCAGCAGCACCAACACACACAUCUCUUUACACUUCAGUUUGAACUGAUGAAAAGACCAGGAGUCGCUGAUAAAACACAUCAGGACAGAUCACGUGUCUGGAACAGCUAAGUUAACUAGCUAACUCAGCUGUGUUCUAGUCCCAGAUCUAAUGUGAUCUACUGUUGUAUCAGUGACUCCUGGUCUUUUCAUCAGUCAGGACUUGAUAAAUUAUCUUUUACAAACCUCAUCUGUGUGAUUCAAACGAGAUCAUAAAAUUAUUUUUCUCUCUCCGUUGAUCAUAUUUUUUCUGAAAUAAGUUCCGCUGGUGGUCGACAGGAAGGGGCGGGACUAAGACUCUCUAUUUUACUUUCCUCUGGUGGUUUGUUUGAAAGUGGGUGGAGGUCGUGUCGUCUCUUCCAGCUGCUGCGUCGCUGAUUUAAGGUCAUUUAAAGUGUCCCUUUAGUGAGCCAGCAGCCUUAAAGGAAGGAAACACGUUAAAUCACGGCUUCAGUGUUUAUUCUGGUUUCUGCCGGCUUUGUGCCAAAAUGCUGCCGACGUGUUGGGAGGAGCAGCAGGCUCACUGCAUGUUGAGUCCUAUUAAUGUCUGUACAGUAGAGGGCACUACAUUCCCCAGAAUGCACUGCUUCUGUAGCUCCGGUGGAUGGAGGAGCUGAUGACGAGCUGAUUAGCAUUUAUUAAUCAGGUUGUUGGAUAACAGCUGAGCUCUCAGUCGGUGUCAGAGUAGAAGAAGACUUCUCUCAUGCUGCUGAGGACGAGUAACUGAUCACUGAUUUACUGUAGACGACGAGGCAGAUCCUGCUUGUUCAACACAAUAUCACCUAAUGAAUAUGUGUAUCUCUGAUUCAUCUGCUGAUCGGAGCUGAAACGUUAAUCCACAGACGGAAAAUGAAUCGGCAACGGUCGAAUUUAAAUCAAAUCUGACAAAAGAAAUCUCUCUGUGUGUCUUAAUGUGACUAUUUCUUCCUCUAGUAUGACAGUAAACUGAAUCUCUUUGGGUUUUGGACUGUCGGUCGAACAAGACGAGACAUUUGAAGACGUCGUCUUGACCUCUGGGAACUUUAUUUUUACUCCUGCUGACAUUUUAAAGAGCAGAGGUUUCCAACUAAACUACCAGAAGUUGCUUCACUUGUUUGUGUUCAGGAGGAAAAUAAAGAGACAAUAAUUAACUAAUGAAUAAAGAAGAGAGCAGAGAAGGUUACUGGUUCCUAAAACUGGUUGAAAUGUGCUUCUUUUGUUUUGUCACUCCGAGUGUUGUUUUUACAAAAGAAACUGAAUGAAAAGAGACUAAAAACUCUAAACCUGGAGAAAACCUUUGUUUGGAAAAAUAUAUAUAUAAAGAAAUGUUGCAGCAAUAUCCACCUUUACAUAAUUAAUAGUGGUAAAAUCAGUUAAAUUAAACUCAAUACAACAGAAAAUAUCUUUUAUAUAAUGUCAGAAAACAGUAUAAUUAGCUAACUCACUAACUUAGCUAUGUUCCAAAUCAUUUUUAUAUAAUGUCAGAAAACAGGUGACGUCUUCAAAUGUGCAGAUCCGACAGAUUCUGACCGAUUAAACAGAGAAACUGAGAGAAGUUUAUUUAAAUAAUGACGAGUUAUCGGAACGGCUGCUGGUUGAUCUUCUGUCGAGUCAAAUCUUUGUUCUAAAAACGUGAAUUCUUUAAAAGGAGUUCUCCAGACGCCGUAAGUCGCCGUCCGCGUGCAGUCGAUGUGAAUCUGUGGCUUUAGACUUAAAGUGCCUAUAAAGACGUCUGUUAGUGUGACGGAGCGUCGGGGAGGUUUCUGUGUUUUUAUCUGCUCUUAAACUGACGUGAAGGCGCCGUGUUGGUCUCUGAGGUCGGUCACAUGGCGCCUUCAGGGCGUCACAACUGAUCUGGGAUCAGCUUUACGUCUUGAUGCUGGAUCUUGAAUCCUGAGGAGCUCAGACGGCCCCCCCCCCCCAUGUGAUAAAUUUUGUUGGUCAAUAAAAUCUUUUCUAUGACUCGAA